AUGAUGAGCUGGAGUCGCGUCGUUGCGCGAGGAUUUCACGCUGUAUGGACAGCUCCUGUGGCUUUUUCUCAUGGAUAUAUGGGACUACGAUCUAAAGCAUGUGGGAUACAUCCUUUAACUGCUUUAAAUGCGACCAAGAACACUACGGGAUCACAAUUUGUAGCUGGAUCUGGACGGACCAGUGCGACUUUUCAGAGUAAACGCUGUCGUCUACUGAAGCCACGAUCGGGGUUCUACGUCCUUGUUGGCAAAGAGAGAAUGGAUAAAUUACUGAAAUUGAAGCAGAGAUAUGCUGUAAAGACGACGACGAAGAAAGCAGCAGAGACAGAAGCAAACAAGAUCAUUGCAGGUGCAGAAGUGGAUGUUAAUCAUAGGCUACGUAAUUCUCUGGCGCUGCGUUUCAGUAACGAAAACUCGUACUUGAACUGGGCAAGAAACGGUGUCUUGUCGUCGGCUGUUGGUGUUGCAAUGUACGCACAGGAACACCACCGCGGAGCACAACUAAGUGGCGCGGGGUUACUGUUACUGGGCUUCGGGUACAUUGGCGUAGGCACGGCAAAGUAUAUUUAUUAUAUUUUCCGCUUCCGCCACGUCAUGGAACUGUCCUGGGCAAGCGUCUUCGGAACGAUUUCCCAUGCUGCAUGGGGGUUAGCCAUUUGGUUGACCGCCAUUGCCUCCUUCCUGGAAAGUGUGCCUCUUGAGCUGGAUGCGAUGCUGCUAACAGAGCCCAUUGCAAGUUACCUGCCCUUUCGAAUUCGUCAGGGUCUGAUUGAGACGUACAGCCUCCACCUGGACGACCUCGAGCACCACUCUGACGAGCAAGAGCGUGUAAUGCGUGCGAUUCGUGGUGACCGGAGGACCCCAGAACUAGCCGACAUUCAAGAGGGUGAAGAAUUGCCACCUCAACUGGAAGCUCAGCUGAUCGAGCAGAACCUGCACGCCGUCCCAGGCCCGGCGAUGGUGGGCUCUGUUUCUCCCCCAUCGUAG